AUGAAAAACUCACUUAGGUUUUUAAACUGUUAUGAAAAAGAUUUAAAUUAAUUGGAAACACCUCCUAUUAGAUCUAGACUUACAAAUUAUGAAAUUUUAAUAAAAACAAAGAAUUAUUUAGAUAAUGUGUUUUAUUAAAAGCUCGAAAAAUCUACUAUUCAUACACAAUAAAUUCUGGCUGCUAGCAUAUCCAAUAAUAAAUCAUUGGUUUUAAAUGAAGAAAGAAAUUACAGAUCAAGAACAAUUGAUCACCUUCCAUAAGAACUUAAGAUUGACUCUUAAUUGAGAUCAAUACCUGAAAAAAAAAUUAAAAUCAAAGAAUGCUCCCAAACUAAAUUAAAUUCAGGAGAAACAUAAUGUUCUCAAACUACUUUAAGACAAGAAACUGCUAGCUUUGUUAAGAAAGGAAUUCUAAAAUAUCAAAGUUCAUAUGAUGAUUUGAAUAAGAGGCAAAAAAGAAGUGUAAGUGUACAUUCAGGAAAAGCGUUAGAUUUAAUCUACCCAAUGAUAAUCUUAUAUAACUAAUGA